AUGUCUUUACCAAGUUGGAAUAUAACACGUCAUCGAUCUCAUUCUUGUCGAGAAAAAACUACUCGAGCACCUCGUGAAUUACAUCGUCAAGAAAUUGAACGUAUCCAACGUCGUUACGAACAAGAAUUAAGUAAAAGUCAACGGGACUUACAAUGGGCAAUAAAUCAACGAAAUGAUUCUUCAUUAGCAAGAGAAUAUAUUAAAAAUCUUCGAGUUAAACUUAAAAAUGAUUAUAAUCAACUUGUUCAAGAACAAGUUGAAGAAAUUGAACAAUAUAUGAAUCAACGUUAUAAUGAAGAACGUCGAUUAUAUCAACGAAAACUUCGAAAAACACAAAUGGAAAACGAAAAAUUUCGUAAAGAAAUAGUUAAUCAAAUUGUUCGUGAACAAGGUGCUAUUUGUGAUGAAAAAUUAGCUGUUCAAAGAAGUCUUUAUAAUCGUCUUCUUGAUGAACAAGCAGGACGUUUACGUGCUGAACAAAAUCUUCAAUCAUUUGAAUCUCUUAAUAUAGAACAAUUAAAAGAUCGAUUAGCUCGUGUAGAACAUUCAAAUUAUGAAUUACAACAAGUUAUUCAUGAUUUAAUAAUUAAUCAAAAACCAAUAUAUAGAAGUGCAGUUUAUAUACCGAAUUUUGCUUUAAUUUCACCGGUUUUUGUAUUUCAGAUUAUGUCUAUUUCAUCAUCGACUAUUAAAAACAAGAAAAAACAUAUCAGUCAAGUUACAAAAUCAAAUCACAUUGAAAAUAUCAAACCAAUUGAAGUGAAAUGUUUUCUAGAUGAAAAUAAAAUAACUAUUGAAACUGAAAAACAACAAGCAGAUAUUACUGCAACAAUGAUGACAAUUAUACCUCAAGUAAAACGUCUAACAGCAAGUGCUCCAUCAAAAAAACGAACUGUUACUGCAGUGACUGAUAUGGUUAUAUCAAAACCAAUUCGUCAUUUAGCAAUACUACCAUCAGCAAAAGAACAAUUGAAAAAAGAAAUUACUAAACGUGCAACUAAUCUAUCAGAAACGUUUACAAUGUAUGAUGGUCCAACAACAACACCAAUUGUUGGUCGUUCAAUUGAUGAAACAUUGACAAUGAAUUCUCAGAUACCAAUAAAUAUCGAGCUUACAACGAAUAAUACCAAUUUAUGUGAUAAUACAACACUAUCAAGUGUUUGCGAACUUGUUGAUCAAACGAAACUGCACCAAAAACCACAUUCAUUAAUUGGUCGUUAUCAAUUAUCUAAUGUAGAUACAUCAUCAAAAUCUAAUCCUACUGUUCAUCUAGCUACUGUACAUUAUGAUGAAAUUCAACCACCAGAACUAACUAAUAAACAAAUUCUUAUUCAACAAUUUUAUGCUCAACUAGAAAAAAUGAAAGCAACAUUUGAUACAGAACAAUCUCAUCAAAUAACUACAAAUACAUUUACUUUUGAUAACGGUCAAGUAAGACAAACAUCAGCUAUGAAUCAAUUGAAAGAAAAGACUACAGUGACACGUGUAUCAAGUGCAACUGUUCGACCUAAUAAUAAUAUGAAACCUUCAAUACCAAAAAAGCAAACAACAAGAAAAAAUCCAUCUUCUCGAGUCCAAUCUGCACCAAUUAUAAUGGCAACACAAUCAUCAAAUAAUGAUAGAAAUUAUCAACGAACAUCAUCAUGUAAACAACGUCGCAAUGAAAAAACAUCUAUUCAAGAGAAAAAACCUCCUCAUACUAAAGAUAAACAAAAACGAAAUAUUGAAAGUGCACCACCAGUUAAUAUUGAUAUUCAUGGACCUGAAGUUACAUUAUUACCAAAUGAUGAACAAGAAUGUCAACAAAUGUAUGAAAAACUUCAACGUUUACAACCAGAUGGUGUUUGUGUUGAUCUUAAUACAUUACGCCGAGCACUUUAUCCACCUGUUGGAAAUGCAUCAUAUUCAUCAAAUCAUAAUAAUCAUGAUCAAACAUCAUCAGCAUCUAAAUCAUAUCGUCAACGUACUGAAGAAAUACCACAGUCAUGGAUGAAUCUUGAUGAUAAAUAUGUUAUCUCAUAUGUACCAAAACAACAAAAUAAAACUCAAAUAAAAUCGGACGAAUCUAAUCUUAUAAUUGCAUCAGAUAAUACAAAUAUUGAUCGCAUUGCUGAUCAAGUUAAAAAACAUGCAGCAAUUAAUUAUAGUUACUAUACACGAACUAAAUGA